AUGGCCACCACUUCCAUCAAGAUCAAACGACCCACCACCGACCUUCUCAACGACAAAGCCAGAGCUCGUAUAGUCGAAAAUUUCAGCAGCGGCAGCGAUCACAGCGCCGCCGCCGACGUCGAUUCCCCCUGUCUAUCUCAUCUCCUUCACGACUUCCUCGAAAACCAAGACACCGGAAAACGAGUAGCCGAGUCAGACUCAGACGACGGUGGUGACGAGUCAGACGAAAAGGAUGUUGCAGAGGAUAUAAUCAAACGUAUGAUCAUCAAAAUCAUCGACCCAUUUAGAAACUUACUUCUCCUCCACGUUUUAAAAGCAAUCUCACUUCACUACACUGAAAACAUAGAUAAAUCUAUUUUCCGUCGUAACGUCAUGGCGUUUCUGAGAAGUUUAGGUCAUAAUGCAGCGAUCUGCAAAGCGAAAUGGGAGAAUCAUGGCGGUUUAACAGGUGGGAAUUAUGAAUAUAUAGAUGUAAUUCGAUCUGGGUCAAACGGGGUUCGGUAUUUUGUGGAUCUUGAUUUUGCUGGGGAGUUUAAGAUCGCGCGUCCUACUGAACAAUAUUCGCGUUUGUUGCGAUUAGUGCCGGUGAUCUAUGUAGGGAAAGGUGAGGAAUUGAAAGUGAUUGUUAAAGCUACGAGUUAUGCGAUGAAACGAUCGUUGAAAACGAGAGGUUUGAGUUUUCCUCCAUGGAGGAAGAAUCGGUAUAUGCAGACUAAAUGGUUUGGUGAAUAUCGCCGGACUGUGAAUGUUAUUCCGGCGAAUACGCCGGUGCCGGUUGCUGCGAAAUGUAGACGGCUAGGGUUUGAUGAAGUUGAUGACGAUGGUCAUUUAAUGAUUCCGGAAGUAAUAAAUUAA